AUGGCUCCCGCCGCGGCACCCGAGCAGCACUUGACGAACAUGACGGGAGCCGCUCCCACGGAAACGGUGCUCGUCACCGGCGGUACUGGUUUGAUUGGCUACGCUCUGCAGCGGGUCGUGGAGCGAUUUGACGCGGACACGAAGGUAUCAGCUGCAAAAAUGUCUAGGUCUGGAAGAUUGCAACUUGUCAUGCUGUUUCUGGACUCUAAAAGAAUUUGUAUUGCAUGACCAGCAAGAUGGCUGCAGUUUUUGCUACACUGACAGGCCAUUUCUCAUGCGGAAGGUGCAUCAGGAAGCCCACUGAAAAUCUGCGAUGCUAGUUCAAGCAUUACAGGCAUCAUGGGUCAUGAGAAAUAUGCAUGACAAAUCUUGCACUCUUCCAGACCCAGACAUUUUUGCAUUUGAUAGAAGGCCCGGCAGAAAUGGGUCUUCCUCUCUUCCAAAGACGGAAAUCUCGUGGACCGAACCGCGUGCGAGGCCAUCUUCGAGAAACACAAACCCACCCACUGCAUACACCUGGCCGCGCGGGUCGGGGGCCUCUUCGCGAACAUGAAAUACAAAGUCGAGUUCUACCGGGAAAACGUACUACGGAUGCAAAAGAUGUCGAUGUCAGUGAUGUUUUUGAUGUGAAAUAAUAAUCUGUUCAUGGGUUUGUUUUUGUUGAAGGUGUUGCCUUUCUAAGUACUGCGACCGUUAUUUCAUCAUUCCCAGGUUCUGCUGAACGAUAACGUGAUGGAGUGCUGCAGAAUACACGGCGUGAAGAAGCUCGUCAGCUGCCUGUCGACCUGCAUAUUUCCCGACAAAACCUCCUACCCAAUAGACGAGACCAUGAUCCAUUCGGGCGCACCGCACAACUCCAACGUCGGGUAUACGGUUUUUCGAAUUCAGAGUUGUCAGCUUUACAAUAAGGGGGCAGAUGAACACGUAUCGCUAACCGUGGUAAGUAGCUGCGGAAAAGAUACUGUCCACAAACAACACGACCAGCAUGACAAUGAAUUUUAGCAAAACUAAUCUUGUCCAGGUAUUCCUACGCCAAGCGUAUGAUCGACGUUCUCAGCAGGUGUUACAACGAAGAAUUUGGGUGCAACUUCACCAGCAUAGUGCCAACCAACAUCUACGGGCCAAAUGACAAUUACAAUCUCGAAGGUAUUAGUGCGUUGUGCGUAGUGGUAGUGACAAUGAGCAGCUGUUUCAAUAUCUAUAUCUCUGGAGGAUAUAAUUGCGAAACGACUCUCAAGCUAGAGUUCUCUGGACGGCACGACACUUAUCAAACCGAAUUCUGCUUCAACCCACGUGCAUUCAAUCUUCACAGAUAGCCACGUAAUUCCGGGAUUGAUGCACAAGUGCCUGAUAGCGAAGAAGGAGGGCAAGCCUUUCACGAUCAUGGGUAGCGGUACUCCCCUGCGGCAGUUCAUCUACUCAGAAGAUUUGGCGGAGCUCAUUGUGUGGACGAUGAACGAGUAUUAUUUAGGGUUUUUCUGCUGAUCACAACUGUACGCUUUGGUGCAAACUUUCAAGCUUUUUUUUCAUAUAAAGACAGUGCGCGAGGACGAGGUGGACCGACACGACAACAAACCGCGAGUGCUGUAAAUUAUCAAAAAAUACACGCACCACCACAUCGACCACAUCUGCAGGUAUCACUCCCCCGAGCCUAUCAUUCUCUCUGUCGACGAAAAGGACGAGGUGUCAAUAAAAGACGUUGCGCAGAUGAUCGCGAACGCGAUGGGGUACAAGGAGGAGGUCGUCCUGGACUCAAGCAAAUCGGACGUAUCCUGUGCAAAAGCAUCUGAUACUCGUCGUAUUGCAAUCAUGCAUCACAAAUCUUUUCCCUAAGGUAAAUCAGCAUUAGAAAUUUUAUUUCUCAUGCUGAGGAAAUUUGUAAUGCAUUUCUACGAGUGCGGUACUUUUGCAGUUCAUAGGGCGGGCAGUUCCGCAAAACCGCGUCGAACGCCAAGUAGGAAGUGCAAAUAUCCCUGGAUGUCUGGAAACUUGUGAUGCAUAUCAGUGAACAGAAAGCGCACUGCAAUGCACCGCCAAGCAUGACAGAUUUUCUCGUGGCUCUGUGUUGCGUACUCCGCAUGAGAAACAUCCUCGUUUUUGCAUGACAGACAAGAGGAGGUCUUCGUGGCCACGCAAUACAGAGUUCUGAGUCAUGCCAAACUAGCAUGAGAAAUCUCGCACUCUUCCAGACCCAGACAUAUUUGCAAUGCAUACCAAGCUGCGGAGUUUCAAGCCCGAGUUCAAAUUUACCCCCAUUGAGGAUGGCAUACAAAAAGCCUGCGACUGGUUCGUGGAAAACUAUGAGAAGGCAAGGAAAUGAUAAUGAACAGGAACUGUGACAACUGUCGAAUUCAUGUAUGUACGUGAUUUUUGCAAUAUUAAAAAUCUUCACAUCUUCGCGAGAAGUUUGCGAAACGGCAACACAACGGGAGCGAUACUUUCACGGCGUAUGAUUUCAUUGUACACACGGUCGUACUUCUUCUUCUUUCUUCGCCGCAAAGUAAAAGUUUGGUUGUCUCCUUGUACUACAAAUCGUCGUGACUUGCUGUGGUAUGUAAUCAGUGUGUUGGCACUCGCACUUCUCGUCCCUGAGCGGACAAAAUCAUGAAAGAACAAAAAAGGGCGCAAUGAGUACUUUGAGUUUGAUGUAUAGGCCUCGACCAAAGGGUAAAGGGCCAAAGGAUACAACUAGAUUGAACGUUUCAGAAGUACAAAAAGAAAGAUAUAUUAACUGAAGUAGGAGGGAGCACUAGCCCCGUGAGCAGAAAGAACAAUUGUCAAUCGGAACGCCACGACUUCCAUUCAGAACAAACAAACAAAAAAAAACAUUGAAAUACGUAUCUGUCUUGUGCAUCAUGUCGUCGCGAUAGGUGUGUCUCGCCGCAAAAGAGCC